GGGCUACUUGACGUGGAGCGGUCUGUGCAAUGGCAACUGCAGAGCUUCUGCCAUCCUCAUCAAACCAGCGCCCAUCUGCUAGCGCUCCUUGUCUGCUGUCCAUCCCAGGCACCUUGCCUGGGUUCCCAAGAGAUUUUUUCAUCUCUUUUGUCGAGUUGCUCUGCUUCUCUUGCUGGGUUCUUCCUCUGAGCUGUUAUUAUCUUCUUUGCAUCGUAAUCAGAAUAACACAUUGCCAAACCCGUCCUGAAAACACAUUGCUUUGGAGAAUAAAAUGUCCUUUAGAAACAUAACACCUUGAUGAUCAUUGGGCUUACAUAGGAAGAUUUUGGGUAAUGGGAGGGCUGUGGGGGGUUACUGUGAGCAGGGCUGAGGAGGAGCAGGCUGUCCCCUUGCAGCCUGCAGGCUCCAGGAGGAGCAGAUCUCCAGGUGCAGCCACGGAAGAGCCCACAUGAAAAAGGGGCAGUGGGGGAGCAGCAGAGAUAGGGAGAAAGACUUUUUUCUUCUGGUCGCUUAAAACAAGAAGAGAUAAAUCACAUUAAUCUCUUUCACACCAAGUCUGUUGUGCCUGUGACAUUAACUGGUGAGUGACCAUAGAAUGACUCAGGUUGGAGCAGACUUUUAAGCCCAUCCAGUUCCAACCCCUGCUGCGGGCUGGAUAGCUGGAUAGCUCCCCAGCUCAGGCUGCCCAUGGCCCAUCCAUGGCCUGGGGCACCCUCAGCUUUUCCCUGUCUUUGUCUCAAUCCACGAGCUUUUUUUUUUCCAUCAUGUUUUCUUCCCUGGUGCUGUUAGUGAGGAGAAGUGAGAGAGCAGCGAGAGAUGGAGCUGAGCUGCCCACCAUUGUGAAACCCCCACAGCACCCCGAGGAAAAGGUCCCUGCUCUUCACUGUGUGACUGCGUGGGCCCUUUCUCCAGAGUUUAUGUCACCCCUCAUUAGCUGGGGGAAGGAUAAAGCUUCCUUAUUUCCUAGCUUGAACUAACUCUGCUUGCAGUCUGUUGCCUAUCCUGGGUCUCACUGUCCCCUGAGACUCACAGCACCACCCCCCGUGUCUGGCAAUGGGACAUGAGGGAUGGAUCCCCCAUGGCACGAACCCCCUCCUCCUGCCCCGAAAAGCCUAGAGGCCCCUCAAGGCCCCCUGAUGCCCUCCGGGACCACUUGCAUGUGUGUGUGCAGUGUAGACACAGCAAGGAGACAGGAGGCAGCGAAGUCUGGCUCUGGGGUUUAUUGCAGCUGAUUUCUCACAGUGUGGGUAGCAAUUAUGGGACUGGGGAGCGAAGGGGACCGGGCUGGGGAUGGUGGCACUCCCCCAACGUCUGGCACAGUCAGCACACAUCGGUGGGUUUGACCAGGAUGAGGGACGACACGCAGUCACCCCUUGGGCAGAUUUCUGGCCAGAGGAUGUACUUUUUGCCAUUGAGGAGGACAUUCUGGCACCUGUCGUACCACCACCCCCCGUAGCUGCUGGCGCAGUUCCCGCUGUGCUGGUCCUGGUCCUUAUCCACCGUGCUGAACUUCAUGUUGUCGUGGAUGCCCCCAUACGAGGAGUAGUAGCUGGUCAGGUAGUCCUUCCCGCUGCUCAGGAGCCGGCCCAGCCUCAGCGGGUACCCGCUGCUCUCGCUCUCCACUCUGAAGAUGUCGUACUCAGCAUAGUGGGUGACGUUGGCUUUGUCCCGCACGACGAAGCGGACCUUGUAGGUGCCCUGCUGUGUGAGCAGGUGCAGGUACUCGGUGCCCAGCCAGUGGUCGCCCUGCACGUUCCCGAAGCCGUACUUGUAGGUGGUCCAGGACUCCUUCCACGUGAUCUCAGUGCUGUAAGUGUUUCUCUGGACAACAGUCCAGCCCUUGCCUUCGGUGUCCAUGUCACACCACACCACGCGGGGGGGGGACUGUGCCGGCUGGAUGACGUACACCCCGCUGGGGCUGCUGCUGGUAAGGCGGCUGCAGUCUGCGGGGAGCCCUGAGACAGCAAAUCAAGCAAGACACGCAUUGCAGGAUGUGCUGGUAAGGCACUGUGGUGCAGCUGGACUGGUGCUACAGAUGCUGGAUUUCAAUGGGUGCUGCACCCUGCCUGCGGAAUAUGUUGGGAGUAGCUCUUAUCUACCGGUGAUAAAAGACAAGAAUCAGCCUCCUCUGCAGCCCAGGUUUGAAUGCAGAGACUGGAACACAGAUGCUUGUACCCAGCACCUGGCAAGCACGGCUGCUCUCAGCAGCACACAGUAUGGUACACAGCAAACCCGGGGCUUCUCAGCUUGGUGGGAGCACCCACACCCCUACUCACCGACCGAGGCCGUGGCACACACUGGGCUGGUGCAGAGGAGAAGCAUCACCACCGCCACGGGCAGGAGGAUGAGGUUCCCAUGGAGCUGGCGUGUCCCAGCCUGCAGCCCUGGGGAGGGAAAGGUGCAGCACCGUCAGGACCCCUGGACAGCCCCCUGCCUCUCAGUGGCCCUGGGGAGCUCUGACCAGGGAAGGCAGAGCUGCAGACGUGGAGCAGGAUAAGUGGGCUGGGAGAUGGCUUCCUCAUCCCCGCAGCCAGCCUCCUCCCUGCCCCACAGCGCAACCUGCGGUCAUGGCUUCUUCUGCUGCUCCUGGUGGUUUUGUUUGUUUGUCUGUUUGUUUUCUACAGGGCUAGGGGUAAACAGGCAUUUUAAUGGCAAAUGAUCUGUGCUAAGCACAGUCAGGCCAAAUAGUUUGACAUGCUGCAGCUGAGCUUGCUGUAUAGAACUCACUGCUCCAGAUGCAGAACGUGCAGUCUAUGGGGACACAGCAGCAGCAGCAGCAGAGAAGUGAAAAUAAACGAGCUGGCAGAAAUGGGAGGACACUCUCACCUGUUCUGGCUUCCAUGGCUCCCCACUGCUGACACUUAGCUUGAUCUAUUGCAUCCCCUGCUGUGCGGCAGGACUGUGCCUGAAGCUGUAAGCACUCAACCAAACGAGCUGUUGGAAAGAAAGAGAACUCACCCAUUGCCACAGUGCUGCACGGGUGCCAGGAGCCUGAGCAGUGAGUCCUGCAGCUCUGAGCCCCAUGCUGGGCUCAGCCCCUUUAUAGCUGGGUCUGUCCCAGUGCACACCCCCUCCAUUCCUCGUGUGCCCAUCUGGGAUCUUCUCUUUGCUCAAGGUUACACAAAUAAGUUGUAAAUUUAUUUCCAUUACAAAAUAAAGCGUUCCUUGCCUCCCAGCUGUGGGGCAUUUAUCAGAUGCAGUUUACUGGAAGUGUUUGGGUGUUGUAUCUCUAUAGUAAUCUACCAGCUGUUGAGCUAAAGGAGAUGAAGUGUGGGGGAAAGUCAAACAGAAGGGAAAGACUGUGAAAAUAGAAGGAAUCAGGUGCAGGAAGUACUGUGAUUAGUGGUGGCACGUAUUGUAUGGCAUGUGGGAAUUAGAGAGUGUAAAACCUACGAGCAGUGGUUUCCCAGCACUGCUGGGCAGCAGCAUGUCACAGCCCUCCUGCGAUGGCACCAACUCCACAGUCAGGCACAGAGCUGGGCUGCACACACUGCACACACUCCCUGCCUGUUUGUGCCCACUAUGGGUAGAUGCUGAGGGCUGAAGUCAGCAGCCUCCCCCCACCCCCCCGAGGCAUCCCUAUCCCCAGAAGUGCUUUGGGCAGCUCUGAGCACAAUACGCGGUCCCUCAGCAGCACCCCUUCCCCUGCACUUCCCUCCCUUCUUGCAUACAUGGUGGUGGCAGCUCAGGGGGCUCUGCUGACCGCCUGCUCUUCCCAUUGCACACAGUAUGGGCACUGGCCAGCAGUGCUGUGCAGGCUGCAUGUGCUCCGAGAGAGCAUCCUAUAUGGUCUGGGGGUCCAUAUGGGAUAUGGGGUCCUAUAUACAUUCACGGAGCUCUUCAAGCAGCACUUAGAGCCAGCAGGAUCGCAUCAGGUCCGUUUAACAAGUGAGGGGUCUCCCUUGUUUCACAAAAGCUCUCAGGGCCGUGUUGGAGUCUCCUUUAAUACAGCAUAUUGUGGGGUGCCAGCAGGUCCUCACCUCAGGUACCGUAUGGCGCUUUGGUGUCGAGGUGUGAGGACAUAAAGCAACCAGAGAGUGUCUGAAGGAGGGCAACCAGGAGCCUGAAGCAUCUGGAGGGGCUCUGCCACGCAGCCCGGGUCAGGGAAUGCCUUCAAAGGGUUUGGUGUCAAAUCCAGUAAGUAAUAAUGCUCCUUAUCUGGAGCAUUUGCCAGUUUGGUGGAAUGCUGUGCAAACAUGGGAUGCUGCUUACUGGCUGGUUUAGGAUCUCUUAUCACAGAAAGCUACAGCUGGGGAAUGAACAGCGAUGCUGACACAUGGAAGGCAAACAAAGCAUCCAUUUCCAGCCGUGAUGAUGAUGGAAGGCGGAGCGCCGCCCUCGCCCACCAAGCCCCAUAUAAGCGCUCUUCCUCCAGGCCAGGCACCCCGGCUUCCCGCUCCGCAGGGACCCCGCAGCGACAUCAUGGCUCAUCACUCCAGCCUCCUGCUCUGCACCUGCAUGCUGGCCCUGCUCGCCCCAGUUCUUGCUUUUCAGAUCGAGAACCUGACAAGACUGAAAGCAAAUCAAUCUGAAAUUCUUAAUCUCCGCUCGGAUGGGCACCAUGAUGGUGAAGAUGAAGGAAACGCACGGCGUGGAAGAGCCAUUGGGACAGGUUGGCCCAAGGACUGCAGUGAGAUCUCUGCAGGCAGCCCCAGUGGCGUCUACGUCAUCCAGCCCUCAGGGCUCCACCCCAUCGUGGUGUACUGUGAGAUGAACGUGACAGGUGGGGGCUGGACGGUCAUCCAGAGGAACCGCUACAACACAGACAUCACCUGGGCCGAGUCCUGGAGCACCUACAAGUACGGCUUUGGGAACGUGCACAGCGACUACUGGCUGGGCACCGAGUACAUCCACCAGAUCGCCAAGCAGAAGGUGUACCAGGUCAGGUUUGUCAUCCAGGAUGCCUCCAACAACAUCAGGUUCGCAGAGUACAACCUCUUCAGUGUGGGCAACGAGUCCCAGGGCUACCAGCUGCGGCUGGGCUCCUACUCAGGGACAGCGGGGGAUGCCAUGACUUCAGCCAAUUCCGCUGUUGUGCAUGACAACAUGAAGUUCUCUGCUAAAGACUUGGAUCAGGACACUAACAGUGGGAACUGUGCCUCUACCAACGGGGGUGGGUGGUGGUAUUCGUCCUGUUACUCCGUACGCCUGAAUUUCAAGGGCUACUUGACGUGGAGCGGUCUGUGCAAUGGCAACUGCAGAGCUUCUGCCAUCCUCAUCAAACCAGCGCUCUUCUGCUAGCUGCAUUCUCCUUUCCUUUCCGUUCAACCUGUGGCUAAGUAUAGCUCUGCAAAGAGAUGGAAUAGGCAAAACAUGUCAUGGCCAAACCUAGUGCCUCUUCGCUGAGGCUGUUUGUAUCCUAGCUACUGAAGAAAGUAAGCCGUCCUUCACUUCUCCCUCUUAUAGAUUUCCUCUGCUCCUCAAUUCUGCCUUUAUCCUUUUGCUCAGAUCCGGGUAAUUUUAAAUGUGUUAAUAAUCAGAAUAGUUACUCCCAAAAUCUGGAGUUUCCAGAUGUGCAGUGUGCCUCAGAUAAAAUGUGAAACAGCCAAACUCCAAUGCAUCUCUAUGGCUGUGUGAGUUGAUCGACACCUUUAACUUCAGGCAAACAACACAACUUUCACUUGCAGAAAGAUUAAAAUUUCUUGAUCAGGACCGCACAAAUUCCCACUCUCUGCCUUCUGUACUUCAGGCUUAACACUUGUUAAGUAUCAGAACGAAUCUGUAUUCAAAGAACCAUCCCAAGUGUUAACAUCUGUUUUAAGUCUCUGCUGUGCUCACAGAGGUUACUGCGUUCAAAAGUUUCCUCUGCUGAAGCUCUGCUUUCCCAUAGGACAGGCAUUUGGGAAGGAGCUAUGAAUUAAGAGCUCGUGUGUGCUGUGCUGCAAAAGCCAAUGGAGUUCAGCCACUGGAGAUGGGAGGGGAUGGGAAGCCAGGAGUCUGCAUGAGGACUUCUGUCUUCUCUCGUCUCUCACCUUCAAAGCAGAGGGCUUUGUGAGCUGUGAGCUGUGAUGGGACCCAUCUGCACAUGUAACAUUUAGAGCAACUUCUCAGGAUUUCAGUUGCACACAAAAUGAUUGUCCUGCUGGAAAAACAGACCAGAUGGUCCUCCUGGAUGUGUGUUCUGCCCUCCCCUCCAGGCAGUCAAUACCCGAGUGCACCUCGCCAUCUUCAAUCUCAAGCUGCUGUCUGACUUACGAUAAAGCUUUGUUAAAUCACUAUAUUUCUUUUGGGACCUCUUCAGUGAGAUAAAGCAAGCUAGAGUGAGUUGUUUUCAA